AUUUAUUGUUAUACUACUCCUUAAUAAUUAAGCCCGAUGCCUAAAUACAAUUGAACAAAUACUACUUAAGAUGCUAAUGGAUAAAAUAAUAAAAAUAUGGACUGCUUACACUCUUGACUACUUGUUCACGGAAGGUACUUUUACCAGACUUAAACGCCCAAGGACUUCCUUCAAACAGGUAUAUAAAGCCUGUCGCGUCUAUUCCACCAUGUACUGGUUAAUCAGCUACAGAGAAGCAAACAUGAAGUCUAUCCUGGUUUGUCUUUUGGUAGCAGGAGUAGCCCUUGCAUCGGAGCACAGGCUGAGGAGGAGCCUGGGACAUGGAGUGCUGGUUCCCGGUGCCGUGGCUCAUGGUGUGGUCCUCCCUGGAGCGGUGGCACAUGGAGCCGUCAUUCCAGGAGCGGUCGCUCCAGGCGUUGUAGUUCCAGGAGCUGUUUCUCAUGGAGCCGUCAUUCCAGGAGCUGUUUCGCAUGGAGCCGUCAUUCCAGGAGCUGUAGCACCAGGAGCUGUCGUCGCUGGACCUGUCUCAGCUGCCGCCACUUUGGCCGGUCCAGUUAAUGGAGGUGCCGCCCUCGCUGGUCCAGUCAACGGAGGAGCUGCCAUCGCUGGUCCAGUCAAUGGUGGAGCUCAUCUUACUGGCCCUGUCAACGGUGGUGCUGCUCUUGCUGGUCCAGUAAAUGGCGGAGCACACCUUACUGGUCCAGUGAAUGGUGGAGCUGCUCUAGCUGGUCCAGUUAAUGGAGGUGCUGCAUUGGCUGGUCCCGUCAACGGUGGAGCCGCCUUGACUGCCCCCGUCAACGGUGGUGCCGCUCUUUCCGCUCCCGUUAAUGGAGGAGCUUACCUCACCGCCCCCGUCAACGGAGGAGUCGCCCUGGGAGCUCCAGUUGCUGCUGCCGCCCACCUUGCUGCUCCAGCAUGGGGUGUGCCAGGCCUGGUCGGAGGUCUGUACGGUGCUGCCCACGGACAUUUGGUGCAUUAAUCGAAAAAUAAAAUGACUGAAGUAUUUAUAGUGUAAAUAAAGUGUUUUAUUGAUCAAAAAGUAUACUUAGUUCUCAUCACUUUAUACCCAUUUUACAUUCAGAUCUCUAAAUAAACUGAACUAAUUG